CGUCGCCCAGCACGCGCAUCUCGGUCGGGAGGUGCUUGCGGUGGCCGCGCAGGAUGCGGCGGUAGAGGGGAAUGGGCGGCAGCAGGGCCGGCGGGGCGGGUCUGAGGCCGGCAGAUUGCGUGCCGAUGGCAGAAGGCAGGGCCCGGACUCGUGGCGUGAUGCGCAUGUUGUUGAGUGGCUCUCAUGUACUGUGAUGUAGGAGUAGGGGGGGGAAUCCAGAGUGGUUGAUGGAGUGGUAGCUGGGUGGCAGCGGCACAUGUGAAGUGGAGCCAAGCAUGCAACCCGAAGGAAGAUCGCUGAACCCGCGCCAGACUCUGGGCGCGCGGGGCGGGAUUAGGUCAUCUUCGCUUGCCCUUCUUUUCUGCUUCGGGAAAGUGCUUCUACCUCUAUACGUCGCAAUCUCCGGCUGCUCCUGUACGCUUGCAUCACUCGACGUCUGUCUCCAUCAUCAUCAGUUGCGGCCCUCUGACAAACAACACACGCUGCGUGCACGUGGGAGUAUUGCUUCUGGCCGCGAUCCGUGGUUGCUUUCGUUAGAACGAAAAGCUAACGAUGGCCCAGCAUGCACCCUUGCUGCAAGGUGGCAGGGCGGUGACGGAAGUCCAGCGAGCUACUGUCGCCCGUCGAGCCUAAUCACCCCUACUCCCGCGCACGGGGUCGAGUCUACCCACCGCCCUACUGCGCAACUACCCGCCAGGGCGAUGGGCAUCUACCUCGUGCCGCGGUCUAGAUCGGCAUGUCUGAUUGCUUGCGCCCGGGAAGGAAGCGGCCGUACAUAUGCACGUCACGGGCAUGCGACUGGAACCGGGUGGGCGGCAGAGACGUUGGACGGGAGAUGACGCGCUAAUGCAGCGAAGGCGGCGUGCUGCAGCACACGUUGUGCCAACGAAAUGCGAGUGGCGACAUGCUACUGCAGACUUACAUCAGUUCCUGGCCGGCGGGCCAAUGCCACCUUCAAUCUCGACGAGGUUCCAGGUCGAUCCUUUUUUCC